AUGACCCACAUCCUCCACCUCCUGCUCCUACUCGUCAUUGCCGUGGCGGACGCCGGCAAGAUCCUUGUGUACAGUCCGUCGAUCAGUCGGAGCCAUCUCAUCUCGAACGGGCGGUUCGCGGACGCGCUGGUCGACGCAGGCCACGAUGUAGUCAUGUUGAUACUCGAGUACGAGCCGUUGACGGACUUUACCGGAACGAAAAAGGCGAAAGUUAUCACUAUGAAAGGAUUGAGUGAGAUUGAUUUCAAAGAGUGAAUCAUCUGAACGAAUUUAGGCACUCGAUUUGUCGAGGAUAUGGAGGGGUUCGACACGCACAUUCUGUCGACGACGAGGCUCGGAUUUAGGGAACGCAUCGCAUUCGAAGACAUGUGUGCAGCCGUUUGCAAUGGUAGAUAAUUCAUCGUUAUCUCAUGCUUCAAGAUAUCAAAACAAUUUCAGAUUUGAUGGAAAGAAGAGAAGAGUUGGAGCCCCUGAGAGCCUACAAUUUCGACGUGGCAUUCUCCGAGCAAAUUGAUCUCUGCGGCGUCGGAGUCAUUCGAUAUCUGGGAAUUCAGAAUCAUUUGUGGAUCUCCACGACGCCAAUCAUGGACGCCGUCUCUUAUAACCUCGGAAUUCCGGCCCCAACGUCUUAUGUGCCGACGGUUGAGGAGAAUGACAAUGGAGACAAAAUGGACUUUUGGCAGAGAGCAUUGAAUAUUUACAUGUACAUCGGAUCAAUAAUCAUUCACAGAUAUGGAACUGAUGCCACUACUGAGGUUGGUUAAAACUUACAAUAACACAAAGUUCAUGUUCCUGCAGGUGUUCCGGAAGUAUGUACCGGACUUUCCGAAUGUGAGAGAAAUCGCCGCCAACUCUUCUCUGUGCUUUGUGAAUUCGGACGAAGUUCUCGAUCUUCCAAGGCCAACCAUCACAAAAACCAUCUUUGUGGGAGGAUUGGGAGUUUCCAAGGACAGUAAACCGUUAGAUGAGGUGAGCGGAAGAUGAUAUCGACAAUGUAAGAAAAGUUUCAGAAGUUCACCAAGAUAAUGGCAAAGGGAAAAGAAGGAGUUGUCAUCGUUUCGCUCGGCUCGAUCAUUCCCUUUGGAAGCCUUCCGAAUCAUGCAAAGCAGGGAGUUCUGAAAGCGAUUCGAGAGAUUAAAGAUUACCAUUUCCUGAUCAAAAUUGCCAAAGGUACAUAGAAAAGCUUUAACAAUCCAUCUAUGAAAACUCUUUCAGACGACCAAGACACCGGAAAGUUGGUGCAAGGAAUGAGCAACGUGGAUUUGGUGCAUUGGCUGCCACAAGUCGACAUCCUCGCCCACCCGAGACUGAAGCUCUUCGUGAUGCACGGAGGCAUCAACGGACUCGUAGAAACGGCCCUGCGAGGAGUGCCCACAGUCAUUGUCCCGGUUUUUGCGGACCAGCACAGAAACGGGCGAAUGGUGGAGAAGCGGGGAAUCGGAAAGGUUCUUCUGAAGCUGGAGAUCGGAUACGAGAGCUUCAAGGACAUCGUGCUCACGGUUUUGAAUACUCCGAGGUAGAGAAUAUCGGAAACGAGUAUGUGAAUGAAAGUUCAUUCCAUUUUUUCAGCUACAAAAAAAAUGCAGUGAGAAUAACGAAGAUGAUGAGGGACAAACCGUUCAGCCCGGAGGAGAGACUCACCAAAUGGACUCAGUUCGCGAUUGAUCAUGGAGUUCUAGAGGAGCUUCACGUGGAAGGCUCCCGACUGAACACGAUAGUCUACUUCAAUCUGGAUAUCUUCGCCUUUUUGAUUGUCGUGCUCAUCGUCAUCCUCCACAUUUUCGUCUACAUUCUGAAAUUAAUAUGCUGCCGAAAGCGAUCUCACUCAAAAGUGAACAUGGCCAAAAAGAAUAACUAG